AUUACAGUAAAAAACCAUAAUCGUGCAUUCACAGAAUUCCCUGUAUGACCUAACAUGUCAUUAUAUUUUAUGGGAAGAGUUAUGUUUCAUCUUAUUUUUAAUAUCAGUUACGUACACUGGGGUGUUCUGUUUUAUAUUUGAUGUAGCUUAGUUAAUGUUUAUUGCUUAAUUGAAAUCUCACAUGUGUUACCCUGAUGGUGUUUAGUGUUUGUGUGAGUGAUAAUGUCUCUACAUGUUUAUUGGUCAUUACUUCUGGAAGAGCCACUAUUGAUGAACUUCAUGUCAUCAUGUGCCCUUCUGUAGUUACUACGGUGAUUAACAAAUACAUUAUUUUUUACAGUGGCAGCAUGGUCAUGCAAAUUACACAUUUUAAACUGUAAAUUUACAGGUUGUUCUUUAAAGUUGUUUACAUUUUUACUGCAUUUUUACAUAAUUAUUCUGGCAACCACAGCGGACAGUUUUUUUUUUUUUUAAACAACAGGAUUUUCUUUAACAGUGUAUAUAAACAAAAUAAAAAACUAUAAUUUUGUGAAAUGAGUAGCUACUAUUGUUUUUAGUGCCUUACUCAGGUCCAACAAAUUUGCUUUCCAGUAAGUAUGACAUAGCCUUUGUUAUAUAUGUGUGUGUGUACUGAACACAAGCUGUUAUCUGAUACCUGAACAGACUGCCAUACGGAGCAUGUCUACUGACUGUGUGAGGUCACUCGCAGACAAAGCUGAGCACACACUCACCAUGCACGAGCAUCUCUAUGGGAAUGCAGAAAUGGACAAUCAGAAGCACAAUUCUGAAGAACAUCAGCAAGACAAACUGGGACAGAAGAAACCUCGGAGGAAAGACACUCCUGUACUCAACAGCCCUCCACUCAUUCCAGGUGUGAGACUGAUAAAAACAGAGGUUCGAAUGAUUCACCAGGAGGAUGAAGAGAAGGAGAUGAAGAAGUAGAUGUGUUUUUCAAAAGCUUUGGUUUUCAUUGUUUUAUUUUAGAGUCUUCAUUAAAUGUAGGCUUUGCAUAUAUUUUUUGUGCUGUCAUGUCGUCAUUUGAGUGUUACACUGUAGUGACACAACACGCAGUGAAGGGACUUCCUUAUAAUUAAAACAUGAUCAUUGCAAUGUAAAUGUAAAUUUAGUGCAUGUAUUUGACAAUCCAUAAAUUAGACAGCAAAGUCUUAAUUAACAUGCACAAUUAUUAAGCAUAAUUCUGAAAGCCGUACUGUAUAUACUUUGUAUUGACAGUGUCAGUGUGUAAUAUGUACAGUGGGUUUUAACUGGGUCUUAAUCUUUUGAAACUAGUCACGAACCUGUCCAAGUCUUAUUUUAACCCAAAAUCAAAAUAUAUAACAAAUUAGCCUAUUUAUGGGACAAUUAAGAUUUUCUUUUACAUUGUGAUAUUAUUUUAUGACAAUUAAGCACAUUUUACCACUUAAUUCUCUUUACAUAAUGCAAAUAUUUAUACAUGGAAGUA